AGUGAGGCACCUACAAUGGAAAUAAAUGGGGCCAAUCCAUAAACGCUAAAAUGCUAAUUGUUUUAAAAGUAUAGCCACAAGACGUAAGCUAUAUGUGUGUUAACAUGAUAUUUAGUAUGAUAAAAUUGCCUAGUAACCUUUUUUGUGUAAAGUUAUAUCUUAUUUUUACAACUUUGUUGCCAUGGUGACGUAACACUCUAAAACCUUAAAACAAUCGUAAAAACUAUUAUAUGAACAACUUUACAGCUCAAAUGAUACACACAUUUUAACAAAAGAAUUAAGGUAAGUGCUUUUAUAGAAUUCGAAGUGUUACAUUCCUGCCUUUAAACCCUCCAAAAACUGGCUCCAUUCACUUCCAUUGUGCCUCAAUGUAAACUUUUGUUUCCUGGAACAUUCCUUUAGUUACAACUGACUGUGGAAGAUAAAUUAAGUCUUUAUAAUGCAAGCAGCAGCAUACUGUAAUAAUUUUAGAAGCACUUGAAGGGUUCAUUUCACUCUUCCAAAUACAAAAAAUCAAUGUGCACCUUUUACAUAACGUAUUUUAGGUACACUGCAUAGCAUAUCAUAAAUAUAACUAUAUUAUACAUAUAAAGUAUAACAAUCCAUCAGCUUAACCAGAGUUUUUCAGAAUCGUGCUGCUAUAUUACAUAAUCACACGUCACUGAUCUCUGUUGAAUGGAAUCCUUCAGAAAUUCCAAACUCCAUUUCUGUGUAAAUUUAGAUGCUUUCAGAUCAUUUGUAUGUGGAUUUAUAACUCAACAGGGUAAAUGCUUGCCUAAAAAGCAUAGAGUAAAUUUCCUCAAGGACAGAAACAAUAUUAAAGACUACAAUUCCAAUGUGGAUAAAUAACUAAUACCUUCCAGUUGAGGCUGAGACAGUGUAUGUUAAAUUCUCUCAUUCAAAUGUGUUUAAUGACAAAAACUAUGACCUCAUUGCUGUGUGGUAUCCCACCCCACUGUGGUCGUAUAAAUGCAGACGGUGAAAGAGGAGCUCUCACAAGUUGAAUCUGAACGGACUAAUCUUCAUCAAGAAGAUGGCUGUGAGGACUGAAGAUGAACUCGGCAAAUGUAGACUAUUGUUUGCCUUCAUAAUGCUCUCAAACAUAUCUUUAAGCACAUCCGUCAGUCUCGAUUUAACCGAGUUGCGAAAUAAAGUUUCGAAAAUUAAAGUACAUCCACGUGGGAAUCUCUGGGCGACAGGUCAUUUUAUGGGCAAGAAGAGUAUUUCAAACAGCCAGCUACAAGACUAUCCAUUGCCCUCUGAGACUAAAAGAAAUACUGUGGGAGAUACGGUGAGUUCAUCGGGAAACCCAAAGGACUUGACGGAGCUGAUCACUGAUGAGGUGCUGAAAGUCGCUCUGCAGACUGACCUUGAAGAUCCAAUAGGGACGCAAGAUUUGUAUAAGCAGGAUACGGACUUCAUGAUAAAGCUUUUGAAAAACUACAUUGAAAAAAGGAACGUAGACCCGGCGUGACAAUGCCAGUGACAGCGAACAUUGUAAUAAAAUGUUAAUUUGAGAACGCUCACGAGUCGUUUUAGUGUUGUCUUUUACAAGAGCCUUAAUGCUGUUAAAUGUUGAAAUGGUAAACUGAUCUGAACUGCUAUUAAUUUGACUGGAGUUGAAUGAAAGAACUGACUGACUGAAUGAGUGAACGAAUACUGAGAAAGAAUA